UCCGGAGUCUGGAGGAGGUAGAGUGAUUCUCGGACACAAGGUGAAUAUUGUCACUCUAAGUACAGGGAAUAGGUGGCACAAGAAUGGCUUCGAAAUUUUACGACCUCACGGCCAAAUUGCUAACGGGGGAACCCUUCAGUUUCUCUUCCCUUCAGGGCAAAGUUGUCCUCAUUGAGAAUGUCGCGUCUCUCUGAGGCACGACCACCAGGGAUUACACCCAGAUGAACGAGCUCCACCAGCGCUACUCCAGCAAGGGGCUCGUUAUCCUGGGAGUGCCCUGCAACCAGUUCGGCCACCAGGAGAACUGCAAGACUGAAGAAAUCCUUCUGUCUCUGAAGUAUAUCCGUCCUGGAAAUGGCUUUGAGCCAAAGUUUCAGCUCCUGGAUAAAGUGGAUGUGAAUGGGAAGGAUGCUCAUCCCCUGUUCGUGUUCCUGAGGGAAAGUCUCCCAUACCCCAGUGACGAGCCAGUGGCUCUGAUGAACGACCCAAAGUUAAUUAUAUGGAGCCCGGUCUGCAGGAACGACGUGGCCUGGAACUUCGAGAAGUUCCUCGUUGGGCCCGAUGGAGUGCCGUUCAAGCGUUACAGCAAGAAGUUCCUCACCAGCGACAUCGAGGGAGACAUCAAGAAGCUCCUCAAUCAGGCAAACUAAUGAACCGUCCUGUUGUUCAACCAUUCUAGAGCUUCCACUUGCACCAACUUCUCAGCACUUAGCCAGCAUGUGUCCCUGAACACAUCUAGGGAAACACCUUUUUGUUCACUUUUUUUUUUUUUCCUUCUCCAGCCUUCUCUAGCCUCUUUCGAUGGUUUGACACUUUUCCAGACCGCCUGUGCUCUCUCGUACACAAUGACUGUGUUCUGUUCUUUUACUAUAUGAAGGCAUCCUCUGAAACCAACCUAGAUGUGAGGGGGGUAUCUGACGAAAUGUAAAAGACUGAACGUCUCAGCUACAUUGGGUGCCUGAAAAGCACUGCUGUGGUUUGAAGUAUUAAGAGAAGCAAUAAAUGUUUUGUUUUUUUUCUCAACAUCUUUCUCUGACUGCCUUCAAUUGAAUUCUGGUUACAUUUUAGAUUGUUUACUCAACCCAAGCAUAACUUCUGACAUCAUUAGAAACUCUGACAAUUUACGGUAUUUAAAUUCAAACUACAUGACAAAGGCUAAACUUAAACAGCGUCCUUGAGCUUGUUUAGAAGUCCUGUUUGAAAAUUGCUCUUCUUACUUUACAGACAAAAUGAAAAGGUUAUUCUGGGUAAAACAUACAGCCAUAACACAUGUAGCAAAUCCCAGGUUUGCACACAACGAAAGUGUGAUUACUACUGCGCUUUUGUAUUGCCCACAUAUGAUUACAGAUCAUACUUUGUUCUGAAACCAGUCAGAAAAAACAGCAUGUAAUUAAGGUUUCAUCAUCUGCAAGAUAAUUUUGCAAUACAGAAAAAGAAAUUUAGAAAUCACUGAAAUCAAGCCAGCUUUGAUCUUUUUUUGUGCAUUCAAUUAGUUCAAACAAACCACUUUGUUGAGGCUUCCAGUCUUUAUUGUACUUUGAAUUCAAAUAUUUCUGUUAAAAACAAAUACUGUAGAUAUUGGCAAUAAGAUAAAUAUAAGGGACAAGAAUUUAUACACCUA